AUGGCAGUGGAGUCAGUGGAGGAGGGGCGGGGGGCUGGGGAGGGGUGCAGCCGGGCGCGGAGCCGACAACCUGGCCGGAGCCUGGGGUCGCCGAGGCCUCCCGGCCGACGCGCGAGGGCCCUUUGCGGAGUAGAGGCUCUCGCCAAAUGCCGCAGUGGGGACCCGCGAGGCCAGGCGUGGAGGGUCGUCAUCUGGGCCCCACCCUGUGGAGUUUUGAGCUGGUUCAGCUUCUCCGGGUGGUUUGUCCGGGGUCCCCAAAAGCGUCACGGUGACUGGCUGCAUCAGCAUCACCAGGGGCCGAUCCCAUCACCUGAAUCUGAGCCUCUGGGAAAGACCCAGGAAGCUGUAUUUUUGAUGAUGGAGUUCUUCCCGAGUCUGACAGCAAGCCCUCCUGCUUUAAUUGAGCACGUUUUCUUCAGUUGGGUUUUCUAUAGGAUAAUGAGCCUGUUUGAAGACAGCUGUCCUGCCUCCUUUGGCCUUUCUCAGGACACCUGUUUCCCUUGUUCAACUUCUGAAUCCAGCAGACCCACUUGUUUGGGCCAAAUGAAGAAAACCAGAGAGGCUCCCCAAGUACUGGAUGCUGGAGAAUCCCAGCGAAGGGAAAGGAAAAAACCUGCAGCGUCACCCCACGCCUGAGGAGACUAUCUUCCCUUUGUUGGCCUUGACCCUUGCUUUCAGGAUGAACUAAAAUUCUUAUCUCCUCUGCAUCCAGCAUACUUGGGCUCGCCUUCCUGACUGCAGUGGCUAGAGCUUCCCAAGCUCUGUGGGGUUAUUUUUGCCUCUGGGUGGUGGUCAUUACUUCCUUC